UGAACAUUUGCUUCAUUCAGUCGCUACAGUCACUAUGCUGUUUCCAUGCUGAAAUUACUGAUAUUUUACCUCUAUAGUUUCAGUUGUCACCAAAAUGUGUUACUAGUGUUUCGUGCGACGAAGAAAGUGCCGUAACAAUCUAACAAUGGAACACAAAUUACAAGAAAGACCUAAGCUUACUUCAGAGCCUCUACCGUCGGUCACUGCCAGUGUCACGAGUCUAAUAAGCCAUGAGAAUAGUUUGCAUAUAGACAACGAAGAAGGUUACACAACUGAAGAAUUCAAUGAGAAAAUUGAGACUCUUCUGCUUGAGAGGAUUCGGGGAGGUGACAAACUAGCUAUUUUUCAGUUGGGACAAUAUUUUUUUGAGCAGGAGAAUUACAGUGCUUCUUUAAAACAGUUUGAUAGAAUUAAAGAUGAAGAUUUCCAGGCCUUGUACCAGCUUGGUGUUAUGUACUAUGAUGGACUAGGAACAACAGAAAACUAUAAACUUGGAGUUGAGUAUAUGAAAAACAUUGCUACUUCUCAGAGCAAACGAGCCAAACAUCUACGGCAUGCGGCCCAGUACAAUGUUGGCAGGGCAUGUAUGGAAGGAUUCGGUGUUAAACAGUCAUACGAGGAAGCAGAGAAAUGGUGGUUGUUAGCAGCUGAUGACGGCAAUCCACAGGCCAGUAUCAAAGCACAAACUUCGCUUGGCAUGUUCUAUUCCAGAGAUGAAACUAAAGAUUUAAAAAAAGCAUUUUUCUGGCACUCUGAAGCGACAGGCAAUGGCAGCUUGGAAUCACAAGGAGCACUAGGGGUCAUGUAUGAAACAGGACAGGGAUGUAUACAGGACUCAGACUCUGCUUUUCAGUGCUUGAAAGAAGCCUCAGAGCGAGGUAACGUCUAUGCCAUGGGUAACCUGGUGUCGCAUUAUUAUAGAAGGAAACUGUAUACUAAAGCAGCAGAGACAGCAGCCAGAGUGUCCUUACUGAAUGAUGUUGCAAAGAUAGCUAAGGAAACUGAUUGUCUACCGAUAUUUAUUGCCAAGGGAAUUGCAUUGGGAUGUUUUUUUUAUGCUAGAUGUCUACAUCAAGGUUUAGGUGUUGUCAAAAACAAAGUGGAAGCUCAAAAGUUCUAUUCCAAAGCGUAUGAAUUUGACCCAGCUACAACUCAGUGGUUACAGAACUUAGUGACACUUGGUAAAAUAUAGACUGUAUAUUGGACAUAGCAGAGGAAAAUAUAAACAAAACCAAAGACUGUGACAUACUUUUACAUGAAUUACUGUAAUUAUCCAUGACAUAUUAUCUGUAU